AUGAACUCAUCCACUUAUUUGUUCUUCAGUUGUAGUCACUCAGCGCAGUAUAGCAUUUGUUAUUGGUGGCUUCUUGAUUUGUUUCACUCAUCGUCAGCACAAGAGCUGGAAAAUUAUAGGAGACUCGUUGAACGUGUAUUUCAGGCUGAAUGUUUUGAUUUACUGGUGCCGUAUGUUGGCGAAUUAGUUGGUGGUUCAUUGAGAGAGAGGGACGCUGAUGUGGUUCGGUCACGAGGAGGUGACUCGUCGUCGUUGGAUUGGUAUUAUGAAUUGAGAGCGAACGGUAGGCAGCCACCAAGCGCUGGAUUCGGCGUUGGAAUGGAACGCUUCAUGCAGUCCUUAUUCGGUAUUGUUAGCAUCAAAGACGCAAUCCCAUUCCCGAGAUGGUAUUUAUUAAUUGAACUAUUGUUCGAUACGAAUGCGACUGGCGUUGUCACUGAUUCCGCGAUCUAUUCAGCCAUUUGUAAACAAAUUGCCACAUUAUACGGCGAUUUUGGUUUUGCUGCCGCCAAAUCAUCGCUUGCGAUCAAGGUGUUUGACAGUGAAGCAGCAACGAGUAUAAUUCGAGUAUCGGUGGAGUCACUGAACCGAUUGCUCGCUUCGAUUCCAUUCGUUAAUUCCAUUGCAAAUGUUCCAGUAGUUAUCAAGCUUCUUUUCAUCGGUAAUUACAUAGUUAUUGUGCAUACGAAAAUUGUGAAAGAAUUGCGUCUGGACGACGAGUUUAAUUUGUUUUGA